UCCUCCUCGCCUUCUGUGUCUAGUGCGCGCUGAUGCUAGUAGGUUACACAGAAGAGGCGCUUAACCGAGUCGAAUGAUUGAACAAUAAAAUGAGUUUAAUAGAGAAUAGCAGCGAGCAAUGCGGUAAUAAUCGACCCCGAGAGCUUACCCAGAACCCUUUAAAGAAAAUAUGGGUGCCGUCCUGCAAGAACGGCCUCCCGAGGAGCACUAAACAGAGGAAGGUAUGUAUGACCAACUGCCCCACUCUCAUAGUAACUGUGGGUCUACCAGCCAGAGGCAAGACAUACAUCUCCAAAAAACUGACACGAUACCUCAACUGGAUUGAUGUUCCAACAAAAGAGUUUAAUGUUGGGCAGUACAGACGUGAAUGUGUGAAGAUCUACAAAUCCUUCGAGUUCUUUCGGCCAGACAAUGAAGAAGGCCUUAAAAUCAGGAAACAAUGUGCAUUGGCAGCUCUCAAUGAUGUAAGGCAGUACCUCACAGAUGAAGGAGGCCAGGUGGCGGUGUUUGAUGCCACAAACACAACAAGAGAACGUAGAGAGACGAUCUUCAGAUUUGCAGAGCAGAAUGGUUUUAAGGUUUUCUUCGUCGAGUCUGUGUGUGAAGACCCAGAUGUUAUUGCUGAGAACAUUGUGCAAGUGAAGCUGGGCAGUCCAGACUACACACACUGUGACACAGAAGAGGCUGUCGCAGACUUCAUGAAGAGAAUUAAAUGUUAUGAGAACUCUUAUGAGCCGCUGGAUGAAGAGCUGGACAGGGAUCUCUCCUUCAUUAAGAUCAUUGAUGUCGGACGGCGGUACCUUGUGAACCGGGUCCAGGACCACAUACAGAGCCGAAUAGUGUACUACCUCAUGAACAUCCACAUCACGCCCCGCUCCAUCUUCUUGUGCCGGCACGGUGAGAGUGACCUGAAUGUCAGAGGUCGAAUCGGAGGAGAUUCGGGACUUUCGGCCAGGGGAAAGGAGUUUGCUAAGUCUUUGGGCCAGUUUAUCCAGUCGCAGAAUAUCCGUGAUUUGAAAGUGUGGACGAGUCAGAUGAAGAGGACCAUUCAGACAGCAGAAGCUGUGGGUGUGCCAUACGAACAAUGGAAAGCUCUCAAUGAGAUAGAUGCUGGUGUUUGUGAGGAGCUCAUGUAUGAAGAGAUACAGCAGAAAUAUCCUCAGGAAUUUGCAUUACGCGACCAGGACAAAUAUCGCUAUCGCUAUCCCAAAGGAGAGUCCUAUGAAGACUUGGUCCAGCGGUUAGAACCCGUCAUCAUGGAGUUGGAGCGUCAGGAAAACGUUCUGGUUAUCUGUCAUCAAGCUGUCAUGAGAUGUCUGCUGGCGUACUUUCUGGACAAACCUGCAGAUGAACUUCCUUACCUGAAAUGCUCUCUUCAUACAGUUUUAAAGUUAACACCAGUGGCCUACGGUUGUAAAGUGGAGUCAGUCUGUUUAAAAGUGGAAGCAGUGAAUACACACAGAGAAAGACCAACGAACGUAGAUGUGUCACGGCUGGCAGAAGAGGCUUUGUUAACAGUGCCAAAUCAUCAAUGACACUUGUUUUUCUCACUCUCUGUUCCUGUUCAUAUUGAUGUAUAAUGCAUUCCGUAUCAUUCCCACUUUAAUGAACAGACUCUCUAGAUUUACUGCAUUUUCUGACACUUCAGUGUUUCAGGAAAUGCUUUUUUUGUUUUAUAAUGUAGCGAAUUACUUUGAGGUGAUCAACACUGUUAUAUGUGAUAGUUGUGCAUGGAAUUAACUUUUUGUGUCUGCUAAUCCGUUAUGUGUAUAAGCCCUGGCUUUUAUAAUAGUGUUAAAAUUAACAGUUUAAUUUGCACUUUAUUACAAACAUACACUAAAAUGUUUUAGUGCCUGUUGCACAUGAAUGUAAUUGCUGCUAUGAAAAAAUACCAGUCGCUCCAGUCUCAUUAUGUCACAAUCUGUUAUUUAUUAGUAGUGUACAAGCAUUUAUAAUUUAAGCAGGCUGGGUGACCAGGUCGAGCAGACCUGAUAGCUUUCGAUGUUAACAAUUCCUUUGACAGUAUUGUCUUAACAUUAAUAAUAAAUCAUUUGUGUGUCAUUGGAAUACAAAUACUACGCUGUAUUUCUGACAAGAAAUAUUUUAGAAUUUUUUUACACUCGGAUGAUACAUUUUACCUCUGAAAAACUGAAAAUGUUAUGAAACAAAACCAGGAAAGAGGAAAAUCUCUACUGUCAUGUUUAUUUGCGAUGCUAAUAAAAUAUAUUUGUAUUUGAAUAGUGUUUGAAAUCCUGUCUCCUUAUACUUACCCAUAAUUCUGUCUGUCAUUAAGGAACAAGACAGACACUGAACUAUUUUUGUCACGUAACAUUGCGAAAUUUGCUGAACUACAAUAACAUGAUAUGACAGAUUUAAAGAUUAUUAAAGGGAUAAAGGACAUUAACCUGGGUUUAGUCUGUAAACUUUGACCAGAGGUCAAAGGUCAGCCAUAGGACAUAUUAAGUGAUCAUGUAUUCUAUUUUUAAAAUAUUUCCCACCUUUUACAUCAUCUUCUGUCCUGUGACCUUUGACCCCUUCCUUUUUUAUUUUAAGUACUUUUUUACUUUUUAAAUAAAUUCAAAUGUAAGCCUUUUUCUAACAUUUAUAUUGCACAAGAGAUUUAAAAGCA